AUGUUAGGUGGAGAAUUGCGGGAGAUCAAGGCAUCAGUAUGUGCUCGAAGGAUAGUAGAGUUGCUUUCUAACCAUUGUUUCCUCUUGACGGGAGCUACGGAGAUCGAUGUAUUCCAGCAAGAAGUAGGUGAGAGGUUUUUCCACGAAGUAGUAAAGAAUAUUAAGAAGAACAUAAUAUCUACAGAAGGAGCAAUCUACUUGAUUUGUGAUCUAAAUUAUUAUUACGAUUUCAUAGCAAAUAAGUUGAAGCAGAAACAAAUUAUUCCUCUAUUUGCUGGGUUAAAGGCUGUAGGACAAAUUUUUUUAGUAUCUGGUAAGGACUCAAAAGAGUUAGGAAGAAUGAUAUGCGAAUUUCAGGGAAUAUUUACUCAAGAAGAAAUAUAUGAGCUUGUUCAAAGAAGAGCAGAUUGGUCUAGAGUAAGAAAAGACGUCGAGAGAGUAAUGUAUAGCGAUUGUCUAAUUAUGUAG